GUAGGGAACAUCGCAAACAACAAGAUGGGCAUCCGUCGACGCGGGGCUUCUCAGGGUUUAAUGGGUUCUAGGGUUGUUUAGGGUUCCUAGUUUGAUUGUAGCUUUUGUCUUUUGUUUUUACUUUUUGUUAUUAUUGCCAAUGAAUAUCAAUAUUAUCACGCCGUGUGUGAUUUUCUGCAUCUUGUAGCUCGAGUUUCUUGAUGCUUACUGAUAUAGUUUUAAGAUCAUUCGCCACCGCGUUCGUUAUUUUGAUAUCUACUCUCUUGGAUUUAUUUUUGUAGAAGUUGUCGGAAAAUAAACUACGCACUUAUGGGUGGAUUAGAUCUUUGUCUUUUUGAGCAAUUAUAGGCGUGCUCCAUUUGAAUGCCUGUAAUGUCUAGGUGAAAGCCGGACAGUAGAGGUAGUCCAGUUUAUUGAGAGAGAUUCGUCGGUAGUCCAGUACUUGAGAGAAGAGCACCUUCUUUGGCAACCUGCUUCUUGUCCGUUGAAUGAUUCCGCUGACGUUCCCGUAGUUUUGACUUUGAGUAGAGUUUCAAUUAAGAAGGGGACUCGAAGUCAGAGCAUUUCAUCUCGUCACUCGUCAUUUCGGAUUUCUCUUUGCGAUAGGGCCCCUACCUUCUAGUCAACAUGAUCGGUUCUGGCCGACGAGCAGGAGUCUGCGAUGUAAAGUGCGGGGGGAUAGCAUUCUUCGAGGCCCUGAGUCGAAAUCUCGAGCGAGAGUAUUGUCAGGGGCAGAGCAGCGCCAGAUCGGGUUCGGGUUGUGCUACCAGCUUUCGUGGCAAGAAUUCUUCCUCAACCACGCGGUCCGCAGCAACCGCAGCAGCCGUCCUUCUACUUGGGGUCGAGACCUCUUUCUUGCUGGGUGUGGCGGGAUUGCGAAGAAGUCGGCCCGAACAAGUUAAAGCAAAAACACAUGCGAGCCGCCAAUCGAGAAACUUGAACUUUGACCAUCCGAAAGCAUUAGCAUCCUACAAUGGCGAACAAGAAAAAAAAAUCACCAGACGCGCACGCAGCAAAAGCCUACACCUACAGCUGACGAGCAUUGGCAGUGGUCGUGGAACACCAUCAGAGCGGGGAGAUGAAGCAGAGUCUUUCCUUGCCGCCCCGACCCUGGACGGAUCGGCGGAAAUGCUCGUGCUCGUUCACUCUGCGCGAGAACAUGCAGCUGCAAGACAAGCGAUUCGCGAGACGUGGUUGAAGCCAACACGCCCGAUGACAGGCAAAAAACUUGCCGUCACUAGUGCUAGUCCUUGGGCAUCCUAUUUCACGGUGGGCGAACAGGGCUGCGAAAUUCCUGUUGCCGCCCGAGUGGUGCACAGCGUCAAGGCUCCUGGCGCGAAUUGCACGCUGGACGCCGAUCGUGCCAGCAACAUUGGAGGGGCGGCCUUUGCGGAGCAGACGGAGAAAGAGUGCCAGCUGACGGAAGCACUCCACGAAGAAGCAAGGGCCUUCGGCGACGUGGUGCUGUUGCCGGUCGUGGAUGUGUAUUUCAACGCGACGGAGAAGUGGAAAGCGGCUUUCCACUGGGUAGCGUCGCAGGAGUUUUCGUCCGGUGUGAAGUGGGUUAUGGGGAUCGAUGACGAUUCAUACGCGAGGCCUGCCAUGUUGCAUCAAUUUCUCUUUCCGAGCCCAAGUGAGCAAGUGCCUACGGUCGGCUUGGAUCCCCGGAAAGAAAAGCUAAUCAUUGGAAGUCUUUAUGACGGAGCGAAAGUGCAAAAGAACCCGCAGGAAGACAAACAUCCCGAGCUAAAUUACCCUCGCGACACUUACCCAACUUUUGCCGGCGGUGCACAUGGAGUGGCUUUUUCUUGGAACUUUGUAAAAUACGUUGCGGACCACGACGCCGAGCUGUUCCCUUAUUCGGCGGGGGACUAUUGCUGGGGCGUCUAUGCGGCAGAAGGGAAGAUUCCAGGCGUCCGCUUUAUCAAUGGGAAUGACGGAGGGGAGCGGUUUCGCAAAGAUGGAAAUUGCACCCGUCCCGACAGUAUGCAAUGCAAACGGUUCUCAGUCUGGAAGAUUGAUAGGCUCGCUAUGCCUGCAUGCCAUGAGAAGAUGCUGCCUUUGGCUCUGUACUGCGUACUCAUGUUGAUGUUCGCGAAGAACGCCUCGACCUGGUCAUGCAAAAACGAAAACGCAGCUCGGCAUGCGAAAUAGGCAGCACAUCGCAGCGUGACAACCUGUCGCACUGGGGUCUGCAUUGCAGUGCGCUUAUUUCGCAGGCUAGUAAUACAUACAGCUGCUCAGACCCAGGGACGUUUGCAUAGCAUAGAAGUGCUGAGUGUCAGUUCUUUCACGCCCGAUCAAAUCAGGGCAUGCGCUGCUGUCGAUGCGCAGCUCAACUCUGGCCCACCUGGUGGAUCCGCUUUUUUUCUCAAACUUGCAGCCGUCACUGUUUCGAAGAAACCGCAGAUCACAAACGGGUUUAAGAAAAAACGGGAAGAGGCCGAGGCAGAGGAGCAGAGACAGGAUGGUCGGCAAGCCGAGGUCGCGACCAACUCCACGUCGUUUCUGUGUGUUUCUGGUGUCUGUCAUGCGUUGUCGCUUUGGACGGGGAGCGCGUACCCCCAGCUUCCCCCGUCGUUUCUAAAGCUCGCUACGCCGAAACCUGAAUUUUUUCGCACUUUGGAGAAGUAUUGGGACAACUUCAUGGACCCGGGUGUGUGGGUGGUGCCGAAUGGCUUUGUGAAUUUCCGGCUUGGCGAGACUGAAAUCGAACUCCUAUGGCCAAACCAUUUACUCAGUUGGACUCGUGUGGACAAGGACACGCCAGCGAUAAGCGCUGACGGGAUGGGAAUGACUCUGUGCCUGGCGGAGCAGGUGUCUCGCGUUCUGCGCAGUUCAUCGUGGCCCUUCCUGCUUCGAACCGUGGGGCCCCAUUGGCUGGAUACCGAACCGAGUCACCGAGGGCUGCACAAUCGUAUGGAAGCUUUUGCCUCGGAAAUGUUGUCAGACCCCACAUGGCGUCACACAGCAGAAGGUGCACGCGCUAGCGGCCAUUGGUCUCCCUGGGGUUUCUACAUGCUGCCCCCAGGAGCUGAAGACCAGCACCUGCCCGCAGACGAGGGAGGCUUCCCUGGCUACGAAGUCGUGCGGAAAAUGAUGGAGCAAGCGCGGCGCCCACUUGUCCUCAUUGGGCCGCCACAUUUGAGUGCCGUGUCCUGCCGAUUCUUCCCAACACGGGUGGCGUUUCUCGAGGCGCCACGCCGCGAAGAGAACGAUGCCUGCGAUGGCCCCACGAAGAAGCGUCUCAAGAAAGCAAUGGCGGAGCAGUGUGAGCGGUUUCCGAGUGAAACCGUUAUCUUCCUGUUUGCCGGCGGAUCUUUCAUGAAAGUCAUUGCGGCCGAAGCGUUUGCGGAAAGUCCGGCGUGCUUACAGAGGAAAGACGUCGCGCUCGAUAUUGGCGGCUCGCUCGACCCGGCGGCUGGCGGUGUGGCCGGGGGAAGCUACGCCAAUGACGUGAAGAGAAUUUGCCAAGAUUUUUUUCUCGCCAUGUCCUGCGAGGAUUGCAACCUCCACUGCAAAGGCAUGUGUAGCCAAUGCAUCCCGGCGACCGAUACAAGGGGUGACUGCACUGAAAUAGCACCGGGCGGCUCAGAAACGGCGAACGGGGGAGAGGCAUUUCUUUCGCCGCGAUAG